AUGGCGGGCGGCGGAGGGCUGGGGAAGGUGAAGGCUGCCGGCAGCGCCUACGUCUUCCCGCUCUACUCCCACGCCGUCAAGGAGGCGCUCGGGUACAACCAGAAGGCGCUCACCAUGCUGGGCGUCGCCAACGACGUCGGCGAGAACGUCGGGCUCGUCCCCGGGGUGCUCGCCAACCGCCUCCCGCCCUGGCUCAUCCUCCUCAUCGGCUCCGCCUGCGCCUUCUUCGGCUUCGGCACCGUCUGGCUCGCCGUCACCAAGACCGUCGCCAUGCCCUACUGGGUGUUGUGUAUAGCUCUAUGUGUCGGCACAAACAGCAGCGCAUGGUUGGGAACUGCGGCGCUUGUGACCAACAUGAGGAACUUUCCCCUCAGCCGAGGAACCGUUGCUGGUCUCAUCAAAGGUUAUGUUGCUGUUAGUGCUGCUGUCUACACAGAAACAUUCAAUGGGAUGCUUAAUAAUUCGCCCACAAACCUUUUGCUGCUGCUUGCAUUGGGGAUCCCGGUAGCAUGUGUUGUGGUGAUGUAUUUUGUUAGGCCCUGCACCCCAUCACUAGAUGAGGAUAAUGCAACAGAACACAGCCACUUCGUGUUCACACAGGUCUCUAGUGUGGUUCUCGGCGUAUAUCUUAUGGUGGCUACAAUACUCGGCGAUACUUUGAAACUAAGCGCGGCUAUCACCUACCUUUUGUUUGGUAUAAUGAUACUCCUGCUCCUUUCUCCACUUGCCAUACCAAUCAAAAUGACACUUUAUCCAAGCAAACCAAAGGAGGAGAAGGCCAGCACCCUGCUUGUUCCAUCUUAUUCAACGGAUAGUUUGUCCGGUGCGGAUCAAGAGAAUGGAGAACCGCUUCUGCGUGGCACUUCGGCGACGUUUGUUCCAGGCAGCAAUGAUUCUGAUGAGACUGAUCUGGAUGUUCUGCUGGCUGAGGGUGAGGGAGCAGUGAAUUUGAAGAAGAGGAAAGGGCCAAGAAGAGGGGACGAUUUCACAUUUGCUGAAGCCUUAGUUAAGGCAGAUUUCUGGCUACUGUUCAUUGUAUACUUUUGUGGUGUUGGCACUGGUGUCACUGCUCUCAACAACCUAGCUCAGAUUGGGACGUCUGUUGGUGCUAAUGACACAACUGUUUUGUUGUGCCUCUUUGGCUUCUGCAACUUUGUUGGCCGUAUCCUCGGUGGAUCAAUCUCUGAAUAUUUCGUAAGAACAAGAAUGCUUCCUCGUCCUUUCUGGAUGAUGUGCACACAAAUAAUCAUGGUGGUAACCUUCCUCCUCUUCGCGACCGGCCUCCAUAGCCUGAUAUACGUGUCAACGACGCUGCUGGGGAUAUGCUACGGGGUCCAGUUCGCGGUCAUGAUACCGACCGUGUCGGAGCUUUUCGGGCUCAAGGACUUUGGUCUGAUGUACAACUUCAUGCUCAUGGUGAACCCGAUCGGCGCGUUCUUUUUCUCGGCCCUCCUCGCCGGUUACGUCUACGACAAGGAGGCGGAGAGGCAGAACCCGGGUGUGCUGGACCCUUCAAACUGCUUUGGACCUGACUGUUUCAGGCUCACAUUCUACGUCUGUGCCAUGGUGUGCUGCUGCGGGACCCUGAUCUGCCUAGUUUUCAUCGCGAGGAUCAAGCCGGUUUAUCAGAUGCUCUACGCCAGCGGGUCGUUCAGACACCCUCGACAGCAGCAGCAGCUGUACUGA